AUGACGUCAUUAAUGGAAUACUUUCACAGAACUAGUGGACUUCAGAAUACUGUGUCAAAUCUAACUGCUUUGUUGAGUGACUAUAGUUACUAUAUUAAGAAAGCCUCCCUAUCUAACCAGCCAAGUAUUCUUGAUCCAUCUGACUAUGGCUACGAUGACGUGUCCUAUUCUGUACCCAUUGAUGAAUGGAACCAAUGGGAUCCCACCCUCGUCAGUAGCGUGACAUUUGCAGUUGCUAACGUGUUGAGCGUACUGCGCCUGCUCCGUGUUAUCGUCAUGAACGACCUUGUAGGACCACUACAGAUAUCAUUGAGCAAGAUGAACUAUGACAUUUUUAAAUUUUUAUUCAUAUUUUUCUUUGUGUGGGUUGCGUUUGGUUUGGGAAUUUCUCAAAUUUACUGGCUGUAUGCUGCAAACAAUGAGUUGCAAUGCUUACAAGAAGGGUUUGAAACUGUCAAGGAAUGUACAUAUGAACCGUUUGGAUCAUAUGUGAAAUUUUUGAUGAACACUGCCUCAUACAUGACAUUUUUAGUCUUGUUAUUUUUUUCGUCGGACACCUCAUUCAUUGGAUCAUUCGGUCUGGAAGAUCUGACGUCACUACACAAUGAACGAAUCGAAGAGUUGUCACAUCUGACCUUGAGAAACCGUCAACGCGGACCAGCCCCAAAUAACAUUGAGAUAUUGAUUGUCACGUGGUUAAUAGCUAUGACAUGGAGUGAAAUGAAAGAGAUAUACAACGAGGGAUGUAUAACGUACAUUAAAAAUCCUUAUAAUCUAAUAGACUUUACUCAGUUGGCGCUGUAUUGGUCGUGGGUAUCGUUACGCAUCACAUCGAUAUUAAUGAAAAAUUCGGAUACAGAGUGGAAAUAUUUUCGCUCUGAAAUGUGGAUGAGCUAUUUCGAAGGUGCUACCAUACCACCCCCAUUCAACAUUUUACCAAGUCCAAAGUUUGUCUAUCACGCUUUCAUGGCGGGGUAUUUGUGUGUAUGUAAAAAAGCUGCCAGAGUAAAGACACAGAAAAAACAACAAAAGAACGUGAAGAAACAGGAAGAGUAUCAGAGAAUUGUAAAUCAAUUGGUCGUACGUUAUUUUGGUAACGUGGCAUCUGGACAUCAUGGACGUGGUGGGCAGGGCGACAAAGUGACUAAAGUAGAGUUCAUGGAGUUCAAGCAAGAUAUGUCAAGUUUUAGAUACGAACAACUUGGAAUGGUGCAAAAACUCGAGAGAAACAUGUCAAUUACAAACAGUCACAUUAAUGGUCUUGUGCUCAGGCUCGUACAGAUGGAGAAAAUUAACAUUGACGUACUAAGCGUAAUAAAAGAACAAUUAUUGAAGAAAUCUGAGGAUCACACUGAUAUGAUUCAAGGUCUAGAAAGAAAAUUGGAGGAAUCACACACAGAAGUUUUAGCCCACCACGGAAUCGGCAAUGAAAAUGUUCGGAGUAUUGCCGAACAGUUAAGAAUGCAACAUAAUCGCCAGCAACAUCCUAUCCCGAGUUACAUUAACACGCAACGUAGAGAGAGUCAAGUGCAGGCGAAUGAGUAUGAUAUUCUGUUUGCGACUCGCGUGAACAAAGAUCCUAUGCCAACAAUACCUGUAGAAGAAGAACUAGUUACAGAAAAUGAUAUUGAUGUUUCACAUAUCCAACUUGAUCCAAAAGUGAAUGAGGAAGAUGUAGCCAUUUCUCUGGAUAGUAAUAACGAAGUGCAAGACUUUGUGGAUGCAAUCACCCACGGUUUAGAGUUAAGGGAAGAGGAGGAAGCGGGGGAGGACGAGGAGGACCUGGAGCAGGGGGAGGAUGAUUUAUCGUCAUACAGGUUUGAGCAAGUGAUGGGUUCGUCUGUUCCAGUUCCUGUACUCCGACAAAGUUUUCAAGUUGACUAUGACCAUCGGUUACCAUGGCAACAUAAUUCGAGAGUAGGGAAAUCGCCGCGCUUCCAACAGUAUAUGAACGUUUUUGAAAAUUGGGAAAAGACUGAUUUUGAGAAUAUCUAA